UAGAUGAUGAUGACGAUGACGAUGAGGACAGCUAAUAGGUACCGAGUGCCAGACACCGCGCCCUGUGCUCUGAACGGCUCACGCCGUGACCACCUCUGAGGAUGUGUUGCAGAUGGGGACACGGGCGCUCCGGUUCCUUCUGCAGGGUUGCCGCGCUCUCCAGGAUCUGCCCUCUUGGGAUCCCAUGGCUUUCUUUCCUGGGCUGAGGGGCCCUUUCACCCACAUCAGCAGAGCCCUCAGCCAGCGCUGUUUCAGCACCACUGGGACCCUGGGUGCAAUUCAGAAGAUGACUCGGGUGCGUGUGGUGGACAACAGUGCCCUGGGGAACACCCCGUACCAUCGCCCGCCUCGCUGCAUCCACGUCUACACCAAGAAUGGGGUGGGCAAGGUGGGCGACCGGAUACUGCUGGCCAUCAAGGGACAGAAGAAGAAGGCGCUCAUUGUGGGGCACCGCAUGCCUGGUCCUCGGAUGACCCCCAGGUUCGACUCCAAUAACGUGGUCCUCAUUGAGGACAACGGGAACCCGGUGGGGACCCGCAUUAAGACACCCAUCCCCACCAGCCUGCGCCGGAAGGAAGGCGAGUUUUCCAAGGUGCUGGCCAUUGCUCAGAACUUUGUGUGAGCAGAGCCCAGCCGCCGCGGUCGUGGGGCUCCUGAAGGAGCAGUUCCGAUAACCGCGCCCUUGCUGGCGGGGAGCUUGGGGCCCCGUGGCUGGGGAACAGUGUCCUGUGAGGAAUAAACAUUUUCACAUGUG